UAGGCGAGUUCGGAUAGUCAGGGGCUGGAGCGGGACAAAUUUUAGGGUGCUUUUAAAUGACAUUUAAGCGUGUUAAACUGUCACUAAUCGGACUAAACCGAACGCUAAAAGGGUCGUUUGGAGUUAAAAGUGUUAAAGGAGUUAAAGGAACUUGGCAGACCGAACGCAAUGUGUGGGGCGGGUUUUGUGUUUUGUUUUUCCUAACCCCAAAAUAGGAUGUCAAGUCAAGUCAAGUUGUCAAAUCCAAAAUAUUUUGUAAUAAAUUUGUAUGGAAGAUUAUUAAAAUAAAAACAUGACUUCAAUGUUCGAUCAGUUUGAACAAGCGUCUUUGAAGACUAAACAAGUUCCUACCCCUGAAAUGACUACAUCAGGGUAUAUUAAUAUGUCUUUUGAAACUGAAGUUCCCAUUUUUACUAAAAGCAAAAAAGAUUUUGCUUCUCCUGAAAAGAUAACACAUGUAGCUGUAUCUAAUAAAUACCUAGUUAUAGUAAUGGCUAAUAGUUUGCUAUUUAAAAUGAAUUUAAAUAAUCCACACCAAACAUCAGAAAUAUCUUUAUUGAAGUACACAAGUACAUCUCGGCUCACAAAUUUAUUUUUGGAUCCUACUGGAAAUCACUUGCUUCUCACUUUCGCUCCCAAAGGUUCUGAUGGGGGACCAGAACUGCUUUAUUUAUCGAAAAAAUUAGAUAAAGUUAGAACAACUCCAAAGUUUAGAGGGAAUGACUUUACAGAAGUUGCAUGGAAUACAUUAAAUGAAUCAGAAAAUACCACUGGACCUAUUUUAUUAGGUACUUCCAAGGGACUAAUCUUUGAGACUGAAAUAGCAUUAGAGGGAGAUAAAUUUUUUACUUCAAGUUUUUCAUCUAGUUUGGAACAGUAUUGGAGGCAGGUUUUCGACAUUGGCAAAGGCACCAACACUCCCAUUACCGGUAUCGAGUUCUUUAAACUUCCCGGUUCAGACAAAUAUGUGAUAAUUGUUGUUACGCCAAGCAGAUUUUAUUAUUUUUCUGGUAGAGUCAACGCAGAAGAGAAACCCAUACUGCAACAAGUUUUCAAUAAAUAUUUGAACAUUCCAGAACAAGAAACUUAUAUGGAAUGCAUGAGUGACACUAAAUUUUCCAAACUUCAAUUGUGGUCUGAAAAUUUAACCACUCCUAAUUCUUUCGCCUGGGUCACUGGCAAAGGAAUUUCUUUUGGUCAGAUUGAUCUCUUUAUGGAUAACAUCAAAUCAAUAGAAUCGAAAGUAAAUUUAGUAAAAUACCCCAAACCUCUCUAUGAAGACUAUUCGGCGCCCCAAAAGAAUCCAAUUGGAAUGGCUCUAACGCAGUUUCACAUAUUGCUCGCUUACUCUGACUCAAUUAAAGGAGUAUGUCUGCUCAAUCAGGAGGUAGUGUAUGAGGAUAAUUAUAACGAAGCAUUUGGAAGGCUUGUGAAUCUAGUUAAAGACGUAAGAACCGGUGAAAUGUGGGCUGUAACGGAAAAUUCUGUAUUCAGAUUUAAAGUUACGAGAGAGGAAAGAAAUAUAUGGCAAAUAUUUUGCAACAACGGUGAAUUUGAGCUUGCAAAAAAAUACUCACGGAACAAUAUAGCUUGUUACAAUCACGUAUUAAUCAAAGAAGCUGAUAAAUUAUUUAUUGAGAAAAAAUAUGAUCUUAGUGCUCAAAGAUAUGCCGAAACAGAAUGUAGCUUAGAGGAAAUAUGCCUGAAAUUCAUAGAAGCAAAACAACAAGAUGCCCUAAAACUGUUUUUACGUUAUAAAUUGGACACGUUAAAGCCACAAGAUAAAACUCAAAUUACCAUGAUAGUAAUGUGGGUGUUGGAGUUGUAUUUGGUAAAAUUGGAGGAACAGAGAUUGCAAGGGUUCGAACAAACUGCUGGUUAUGCAGAUUUGCAAAAGGAGUUCGAUAUAUUUUUGGCUUUGGAGGAAGUCUCCAAUUGCAUCAAAAAUAAUAAAAGUACUGUGUACAAUUUGAUGAGCAGUCACGGCGACAAGAACAAUUUUUUGAAGCUAACAAUUGUCAACAAAGAUUUUGAACAGAUAGUCCGACAACACAUAUUUAAAAACAAUUUCCACGACGCCCUGGAUACACUGAAAAGCCAAAAUAACUACGAACUUUACUAUCAGUUUGCUCCGAUACUUAUUCAAGAAAUUCCAAAGUACACCAUUAAAGUUAUCAUAGAGCAAGGAAAAAGAUUGGCACCCUUAAAACUUCUUCCUGCAAUGGUAACGUGUAACAGCGAACUGCACGCCAAGGAGAUUAUUAAAUAUUUAGAAUUUUGUAUAGAUAAAUUGAAGAAUGCCGAUAAAGCUAUUCACAAUUUUCUGAUUUCGCUAUAUUCUAAAUAUGAUUCAGAUAAACUUAUGGAGUAUUUGAAUUCUCAAGGACAGGAAAUCACAAUGAUAAAUUACGAUAUACAUUAUGCGCUGAGAUUAUGUCACGAACACAAUCAAAAACGAGCUUGUGUACAACUUUUUGCACUAUUAGGAAUGUGGAAAGCAGCUGUAGAUUUGGCGCUUACUAUAGAAUUAAGUUUGGCUAAGAAAAUGGCCAUUAUGUCGCCUGAAGAAGAUGUCGAAUUGAAAAAGAAACUUUGGCUCAAAAUAGCUGAAUUUGUUGUAAAAGAUAAGGACGAUAUUCAAGAAAUCAUGGCGUUCUUACAACAGUGUGAACUUAUAAAGAUUGAAGAUAUUUUACCGUUCUUUCCAGAUUUUGUCACAAUCGACUACUUUAAGGAUGCCAUUUGUAAUUCUCUGAAGGAAUAUAAUCAACAUAUUCAAAAUGUAAAAGACGAAAUGGAGGAAGCCACUAAAUCUGCAGAGCAAGUGAGAGAGGAAAUAGAGUCAUUUAGAAAUCAUCAUACAAUCAUUAAUACUACAGAUACUUGCGAAGUGUGCAACAAAACGUUACUCAUAAAACCGUUUUACAUGUUUCCCUGCGACCACAGGUUCCACAGUGAUUGUCUUUUGAGUGAACUAUCACCUUUUCUGGGUCCCGCAAAGAGGAACAGACUGAAGGAGUUGGACAAACAACUACAGACUUACAACAAUUCUAUAAAUAUAGACAAUUUAAGUACAGGUUCCACUGGAAUGUCAACUAGAGAUAUGAUUAAAUCUGAAAUAGACAACAUUUUAGCUUCAGAAUGUCUGUACUGUGGAGAAAAUAUGAUAAGGAAUAUCGACAAGCCUUUUAUAGAAGAACAUGAGUAUGAUUUAAUUAUGAAAGAGUGGGAGUAGUUUAUUUGUAUAACAUUUGUAUUAAAAAUGCACUAUUUAAAUUUUUAUUUGUAGCAGCUUUAGUGCUAUGUAAAUGCUAAAUAAUGCUCAAGUUGUAAUUUUCCAGAUCCAGCUAUCCAUUAUGGUCCAUCGAUAGUUUUCUCAUGUCUCUGAUAUUUUUUCAACUCACACCUAUUUAUCUAUUCCAUAAUAACCAGUUUUCUUUGAAUUUCGUCCACUUCCCCUUAUUCCUCUUCCCAAUACUACUAUAUCCUUUUUUAAUAAGGUUAUACAUUCACAUUCUAUUUAUAUGUCCAAGUCAGUUGAUUUGUAUGUUAUUUAUUUUUGUAAUGUUUUGUUAAUUGAUUCAAAUGUAAAGGGAAUUGCUUUAUUUUAAAUAUUAAACUUAUGUACAUAUAUUAUUAUUAUUAUUAUUAUCUAUUGUUUAAUUCUAUUUUUCCAAAUAUAAUUUAGUUUAA